AUGGCCAGUGCGCUUUCCAUUGUUCGUCGCUGGAUUCGAAAAUGCUGUCGUUCGUCGCACCCAUCCGAGACCAGCCGGCGGAUUGGCGUUGCCAACGACGCUGCCCUCACUGGAUGUUCCUUUACAUCAUCGCAGGCGCAUGUGAGACCGCAGGAAGAGCGUCAGCGCCGGCUUUGUCGCGGCCGCGAGUUGCGUGCAUCAAGCCGUGGGCCGAAACGUCAUUAUUCCCUCGAUACAAGCACGCGGGCGCCGACACGUCGCAACGAAGGAGGCGUCAUGAGCGUCCUGGACCCGUCGAAGGACAAGCUGGCCUACUUCAAGGACAACAUACAGACGGCAGAGGACCAGGAAGAGUUUGAUGCGAGCCAAUACUACUACAACCGGCAGGACGGGUUCUUCAAGCAGAGCCCAGGCAUGGGAGGUGACCCGAGCCAAGUGGGCUUGCAGAUGGGUAUGCAGCCGGGCGUCUACCCUGGCUACAGCAGCGGCGCGGCCCAGCCGCAAAUGGCGUCGUUUCUAGCGGCGACGUCGACGGGCAUCGGUAUGGGCUCCAUGGGCAUGGCCGGUAUGGGCAUGGGCGGCAUGGCUGGCAUGGGCAUGGGCAGCGCCGUAAGAAGCGUACCACCGACGACGCCGACAUCGUCGGGUUUGAUGGACACCUACCUGACAUCGCGCAUCGCCGAGCCGGCUGCGACCCCCAUCACGAUGGCCACCAAAGUGCGGACCUUCGAAAAGACACCCGACAUGUCGGAGUUUCCGGCUCUGACGGCGCGGAGUAGCUCGGUCGAUGAAAAUUCGCCCGCGUUCCGGCAAAAUUCGGAAUUUGUGAUCCAAAAAGAGGACUUUCCGGCUCUCUCGUCGUUUGGCGCCGAGGGCCGACCGACCGAGAAGGCGGCGAACCAAGGCAUGUCGUCGUCCAACGACGCGAUGCUGCAGCGCACGAGCCAGCCGUCGACAAGCAGCACGUCGUCGAUUGGGUCGCGCUCCGGCACGCACGUGAACGCGACCUUUGCCAACGUCGGUGGGUUCCAAUCGGCCACCAAUCUCGCGGUCAACUCGUUCCCGCCGCUGCAUGCGAACGACGCCAAGCCGCAUCCGUCGUCGCGGCCGACGUCGUCGUCGGAAGAAACCUCGCGCUUUGGCCUCCUCGGGAUGCUGCACGUCAUACGCUCGACCGACCCGGAGCGCAACGUCGCGCAGGGCUGUGACCUCACGUCGCUGGGGCUCAACCUCAACUCGGCCGAACCGCUGCAUCCAACGUUUGCCUCGCCGUGGUCCGACACGCCGUGUACAAAGGAGCCGCAGUACACGCUGCCACUGUGCUACUACAACCAGCCGCCCGUGCUCAAGACGUCGCACCUCUCCAAGUUUCAACUCGAGACGCUCUUCUACGUCUUUUACUCGAUGCCCAAGGACGUUGUGCAAGCGUACGCGGCCCAAGAGCUCUACCUGCGCGAGUGGCGCUACCACAUGGACCUCAAGCUCUGGUUCAAGCGACAGCAGAGCGAGGCGCUGCAGUACAUAUACUUUGACAUCAACACGUGGGAGCGACGUCUCUUUGGCGGCAACCCGAACGCGGUCAGCGCCGGCUUUAUGACGGACGACGACGUCCGAGUCAAGUUUACCCCGACGCCGUAG